UGCAAAAAUCGUGUUGUUAAUAGGCUGCGCUUGCACGGCUGCUGGUGAGCUUCAAGAAUUUCUGAAUGCCCUCUAUAUGUUUGCUUAACCUAAAUUCAUAAUACCGAGUUAGAUUAAAAAUAUACUACGUUACCCGGCAUUUUGUAUUUCUUUCGAUAUUAAUUAAAACAAAAAUUAUCAAUUAUAAAAAUAUGUUUAGUCCUGACUACUGUCCUUGCGAAUCUCCAGAUCUUUGGAAAGAAGAAGAAGAUGAAGAUAAAUAUUUUCCUGAAACUCAAUGGUUGGAUGGUUCAUUCAAUGAAACUUACAGGGAUGAGUCUGGAAGUGAAACAAAUAUAAGUGAUGAUACACACAAUAGUUCACAAAAUGAUGAUGAUUCUGAUACUCCAGCACCACCAACAAAAAUACUACAGUCUACAAAUAAUUUAGUUGAUAAAUCAGCAAAUGUCAGAAGCACUAACAAAGUCAGUAAAAUAGAUGAGAAAAGUAACCCAGCAGAAGAUUCUCACGUACCCAGUGUUAGUGUUGGUAAUGUGAAGAAAAAUAAAAUUUACAUAGUAGACGAGUCGUCUGAUUGUGACAGUGAACCAGAAAAUUCAAAUGUCAAAUCACUGAGUGUAAAAGUUCCUCAGAAACUCGAUGGGCAUGUGAGAAGUAGUGAACCAAUUUUUCCUGCAGCAAAACCUAGUAGUUCAAAUGACAAACCACUAAAAGCUGGAUCUCACCAAAGAGUUAUGGGUUUUGAAGUAACACCGGAUGCUUUACCUGACUCAAGCGAUAGUGAUGAUAAUUUUAAAUCUACUCCUAUUAAAAAGACAGUUGCAUUUUCAUUUCCAUUUUCAAAAAAUAAAGAAAAUUUAAAGAGUGAUUUUAGUAAAGAUAUAUAUGCAAGUGCGGAAGUUAAAAACUGGUUGGAGUCUCACGAGAAAUCGCAAUCACGAUGGAUAAUUCCUAAUGAUCAAUUGAAAAGAAAACGUUUCGAAAAAUGGGAGGAGUAUUGCUUGCUUCAUUAUAUAGUCAAAGACAAACUCAUUCAUAAGUGGAACUGUCAAAAAGUAUGGGAGGAAAUGAAGUACCGUUACAAUUAUUUACCACACAGAUCUGUCAAAUCUAUCAUGAAUCGCUUUUACUCAUAUAUAGUUCCUCAAAUUAAAAGUUACGGCUUGCCUGAAACAAUAGAACAAGAAAUUAAAAACAUAACUCGAAAAAAACGUCCUCCGUAAAAAAUUACUAAUUUUUAUAUUUACUAUUAUUUAUUUAAUUAAAUUAUAUUGUUAAAUUAAUCUAGUUAAUAACUUUUAUAGAAUUAUUUUUGUUACUACUUUGAAUAAAAAAU